AUUCGGCGUCUGCUGUGUGUUCUUGAUAUCUAACUCGGGGGCAACUGUGGCUCAAAACUGCAGCUAUUUGCGAAAUCCCGGCUUUCCCAAUGCUUAUACGGAAACCUCUCAAGUCUCCUACACAAUUCAAAAGUGCGACAGAAGUGUGUGUCGAUUGCGGUUGGACUUUGAAUCUUUCACUCUGCUGGGAACGGGAAACACGUUCGAAUUGCUUGACACUGCUGCAGGAGGCCAAUGCAGAGAUAUGUUUACCGUUUCAUCCAACACAGGCAACACCCUUCCAACGAUUUGUGGACAAAACACGGGACAGCAUAUUUAUGUGGAAAUGGGAUGCCUGGACUCGGAUACGGUCUCUGUUAACUUCAAUAUCGACGGAUCGACGGCCGUGCGAAUGUGGGAGAUCAAAGUCACCCAAGUGAAGUGCAACACGGAGGGACAGCCUCGCAAUUGUGGUUGCCUUCAGUACCACACGGGUCUGACGGGCCGAUUGACCACGUUCAACUUCCUCCCCACAAAUGAUAACCACUUGGCCAAUCAAGAGUAUUCGAUUUGUAUCCGCCAAGAGGCUGGCAUGUGUUGUGUGGAGUACACAGUGUGUACAGAUGCUAGGUCUUAUUCUUUAGAGGCCAAAGCCGAUGGUAUCAAUAUGCAAGAUUCUGCGUGCUCCAAAGACUACGUUGGUAUUGAGGGAGGAAGUGCCACUUGCAAUGCCAGUCCCGGGGAUGUGUUAUUCACCCAGUUCUGCGGCAACGUGUUUACCACCGAUGAAGCCGCAGUAUUAAAUAUGCCCAUUUGUGAUUGUACCAAACCUUUUCGCGUAGACAUCUUCACUGAUGGAGAUACAGAUACUGCCGCUGCAACAAAUAAUGUCGCUCAUUCUAGAGGUCUGUGUUUGGAAUAUCGGCAAAUACCUUGUUAGAUACAAUCGAGUUGCAUCUACGAAACAAUUAAGUAUUUAAUGUUAAAAUAUUGCAGCAUGUGAAUAAAAAAAGGUUAUGAUCUGUUCUA